AUGGCAGCACGCCUCCUCGGCCCUGCGACGCUGCACGAGCGUGACCUGUGCGCUGCUGCGCUUAGCCCCAGCGGCAGGCACCCGGCCCCGGUGGCAGCGGCGACGCCGCAAGCCCGGCGCCCGGCAGCCCGCGACGUCCAAGAGUACCCCAAGGACCACCGGUCCGACUCUUCCCGGUCGCGCUCCGACGCCAGCCACGGCAGGGCGGCGCGCAGCCGCAGCUGCGGUGGGAGUGGCAUCGACAGCGGCAUCGAGAACGGAGCCGGCGCCGGCGGCAACUUCGAGUUCUGCAAGGAGGAGAGGGCGGCCGUGCCGGCUACGACGGUGGCGGUGUCCGCGCCGUUCUUCCGACAGCAGGUGCCAUCCAAGUGGAACGACGCGGAGAAGUGGAUCGCGGGGCGCCACGUCGUGCACUCCAACCCCAUCUUCUCCAAGAAGCCCGCCGCCGCAGCGGCGCCGCCAUGCCCCGGCGACCGCGUCGCGCCGGAGUCCGCGACGGCGUCCAGGGCCAGCGGCGCGGCCGCGAGCGCGCUAACCGAGCUGUCGUCCAAGUCCUCGUCGCCGUCGUCGUGUGUCCGUGUCGGUGUCGAUGCGGGACGUCGGGACGGAGAUGACGCCGAUCGCGAGCCAGGAGCAGUGGCGCAGCGGCACCCCUGCCGGCGCCGUCACGCCGUCGCUCAGCCCGCUUUGCUCGGUGCCGUCCAGCCCCAGGGGCGGCGGCGGCUGCGCGUAGGCGUCGUCGUCGGCCUCCGCGUCGGAACUGGAGCUCCGGCUCAGGACGCGGCGCGAGAUCGCCGCGCUCGGCCUGUAGCUCGGCAAGAUGAACAUCGCGUCGUGGGCCAGCAAGGAGGAGAGCCUCCUCGCCGCCGCGUCCCCGGAGAAGGGCGCCGUUACCAGAGGAAGGAGGUGAAGAUACAGGAGUGGGAAAGCUUACAGAAAUCCAAAUUCGAAGCCAAGCUGAGGCAGGCCGAGGCACAGGCAGAGCAGAUGAAAGCCCGGGCGAAGCAGGACCUGGCCAGGAGGCUGUCGGCACUGAGCCACAGGGUGGAGGGGAAGCAGGCGAGGGUGGAGGCGCGCCGGAGCCGGCAGGCGUCCCGGCUGGCGCGGCAGGUGGAGCGCAUCCGCAAGACCGGCCAAAUUUCAGAGAUUGACCCUUCAAGUGUUAAGAUGAUUCCAGAAUUCUUAAUGGCACAGGGGGCUAAGAGGGAGCUUAGGAACCCCUAA